UCAUGACGAAAAUCUGAGUGACGUCAUGCAGUGACGUCACGGUGCAUCACAUUGAUCUCCGCGGACAGCCGCUGUUUCGACUUUCGCGGUCCUCCUCCUCGGUCAGUUAUCCUACGACCAGCGAGCUGAUCGCAUCUACAGGGUGUCUAGUGCCUUACCCAAGUUGACAUAAGUUAGAAAUAGAAGAAAUAAGUUGUCCCUUCGCCUCAUAGGAUUACGUUAUUACUGCUACAGUUAAGAAGACAGAGAUAGAUAACACUACCAGUUACAGAAUUUAGUGGACCAUCACGAAGAUAAAAGAAACUUGAUAAAUUAUAGGACUUUGACAGCACCUUUGAUCUAUUUUUGUAAAGGAGGUAAUCUCUGUACAUCGCGCCUCCAGUUCCCAAGUGCCUUAACCUCCUGUUUUCAAAAAAGUCUAGUGCAUUCGUCGAGUCAAACUUUUCCAAAAUAGACAACAUGAGGAAAUACGUCGAAACCUUUAUCUUGUUUGUUGUUGGUCUAGGGCCAACGUUGAUUGCACUGUUGCUCAUGCAGCAGUAUGGAGCCAUCGGAGUCAGCUGUGCCAUCGUCCUGUCCUCUCUGUACUUAGUGUGCAUCAUCUUGGCGCUCUGCUGCCGCAUCUGCAUCCCGCCUCCUGACCCGGACUCUGAUGAAGAAGAAGCGCAGGGCGAGGAUCCCAACGACGUGCCUCCAUCUUACGACAUAGUUACCUCGAAGCCGCCUCCAUAUUACGUCCUGUUUGCCAGCGUCCUCCCCAACGGAGAACAUGCAGACGGUGAUUUCAUCGCUGGCGCGAACAGCAGACGAAAUACUCUCUCUCCCACCUGCGAAGUCCCCGUCCAUUCCUUCCACCAGAGGGGCUCCACCCAGGGCGUGCACUGCUACGCGUGGCUCGAGCCCUGUGAGGAUAAGGAACUGCCCUCCUACGAGGAUGCUCUCGCCCUUUCUUCCUCGAAUACGGCAAGCAAGGAGGAGACUCGUGAAUCAAGUCAUCAAGUUCCUACGAACUUGACGGAUCCUGCCGCUAGUGCUUGUGUUAGUCCAACCCCGACUGCCUCGCCCUUGCCAACAACAGAAAGUUGAAAAGUUCUGAAGAGUUGAGAGGAGAACUUUUCGCGCCAAAUAUCGAAGUCGUCCGGAAGGUCGGGAGCGUUUCUCGGCAGCUGAUGGUUUAAAUUCCUCCGAGUGCUGUGCUUUCUAGUCCUAUUAGAUAAGGAUUAUUAAAGUAUUAUCAAGUAGUACAAGAAUGCCAUACUGUAAUCGUAACUUCUCGAAAGUUCGACACUGGCGUCUAAGUACUUUUUUUAGACACAUGCCGAUUACAGGCAGUUUCACUGGAAAAUGUUAUUUUUUAUAGUCUAGUCUUAGUGUGGCAGUCUAUUUAUUUAUCCUGAAUAUCAGGAUCAGUUGGGGCUGUGAAGAAAACUACUGAUAAUAUGCUAUACGCUGUCACGAUAGAUUCUUAAAUCACUGAAGGUUGUAGGGGACAUAUAUCUACUAAGACGUUCUUGCAUUUUGUGAAUCAUUCAGAGAGGAACCUUUGUCGCCAGCAAAUACAUUGCUGUGCAUUUUUUAUUUUUAAGUAUUUUGCAUUUUUCGAUAAGGCCGUCCAUUUCUCAAUCGAAAAGCUGAAACACUGCCUUAAUAGGAUGAACAAAUAUACUAUAUAUAUAUAUAUAUAUAUAUAUAUAUAUAUAUAUAUAUAUAUAU